AUGUCUCAGACAGCUUGUAGCUUAGUCACAAACACACACUCUUCAGUACGCAGAUCAGAAAGAUCACCAUCAUGGAGCUUGAUAUCUUGGAGAACGUGUAUCUGCUCGUCAUCGUAACUCUGCUGAGUGUCCUGCAGAAUGCAUUCUUUGCCCAGAAAGUGGAACAAGAAUGUAAAACCCAUAAUUCAAGAAGCUUUCUGAGACCGGGAACACCUGCUUUUGAGCGUGUGUACUGCGCAAACCAGAACUGCAUGGAUGCAUACCCCACUUUCCUUGCUGUGUUGUGGUGCGCUGGGAUAUGCUGCAGCCAAGCCCCUGCAGCGUUUUCUGGACUGAUGUACCUGUUUGUCAGACAAAAGUACUUCGUUGGAUACAUGGGGGAGACGUCUCAAAGCACUCCUGGGUACUUAUUUGGCAAGCGCAUUAUCUCCUUCCUGUUUCUAAUGUCCGUGGUGGGGAUCCUCAAUUAUUUUUUCCUUGAGUAUUUUGGAAGUGACUAUAAGGAAUACAUUCAGACAAUCAUGAAGGCUUCGUCGGCUUUGCUUCUCAUCCCAUGAAGAUCUGGUUGAAAACUUGUCUGUUAAUCAUUCUUAAAAAGACAAAGCUUUCCCUGGGCACUCCAGGGAAAAGUCAACUCAUUAUCUUUCUGUCUUUCAUUGCUGUCACCUUAAAAGCCUUGCAAAUAAUAAUAAAACCUGAUUUCCAUUUGCUUUUCCAAA